UAUUCCUUCAUUCAAUUACGAGGCAAAGUUUUCAACAAGUGUUACAUCAGACAAGCUGAACAUCAUCAUGGUAAAAGACGUACAUUGCCCGCUGCUGUUUGUGUUCUUGGUUGCAGCAGUAGCGCUGGUAACUGUCCAUGGUCAAAUUCAGUCGAUCUGCACAGAUUCCAGAAUCAUGCAUAAAUUCGUCACCCUUGAUUACGAUUGGCCAAACGACACAGCGAAAGACUCUUCAAUUGCCAACGAAGAGUACAUUGUUAACAAUAACAUUAUCAGUGGCAUGAAGGUAUAUGACGACAAUGUUUACGUCACAGUUCCAAGAUGGCGGCGCGGCGUUCCUUCAACGUUAAACAAAGUUAUUGUUAGAAAUGGCGAGUCCAUUUUACAGCCAUUUCCGAGCUGGGAGGUGCAGAAGAUUGGAGACUGUCGUGCCCUUCAAUAUGUACAGAGUAUGGAGAUAGACCCGAACACUGGCUGGAUGUGGAUCAUUGAUACAGGGAGGAUCAACUUCUUCGCCGCUGACGGAACACCAACACAAAAUCUUUGUCCGGCUAAAAUCAUAGUGUACGACAUAAAAAAUUCGGUUGAAUUGACCCGAUAUGAAUUUCCAAACGAGGUCGCUGAGCGGGAAACUACUUUCCUUAAUGACAUUGUUAUCCAGUAUGUUAACGAUGAAUCCCGAUAUGCGUACAUCUCCGAUGCUUUAGCGUUCCGAAUGGUAGUGUAUGAUCGAGUUCUGAACACUUCUCACUAUUUCUCACACCCAGCCUCAAUGGAACCUGAGCCCGGAAACGGAAACAUAACUAUCUUGGGCGAAACCUUGCCGGUGUCUGCCGGUAUAAAUGGGAUGGCUCUAUCUUGGGACAUGAAGUAUGUGUAUUAUGGCCCUGUUUCUGGCUACAGUUUAUAUCGAGUUCCUACAAGCGUCGCGUCGCAACCCGGAGGAAACUUUGCCGGAUCUGUCCGAAAAGUUGGAAAUAAACCUUCGCAAGCAGCGGGUAUGGCUUAUAGUAAAAACGACUUUCUCUAUUUCCCUGCUCUCGGCGAGAACGCCAUUUAUAGGUGGGAUAUCAAACUGGACAUGACGCUACAGAAUACCGACAUCGCGAACGUAGAAAUGAAAGCGCUAACCCGAGUACUACAGGAUGACCAGUGUAUGGUUUUCGUGGAUAUUUUGAACUUUAACAAUGACGGUUCCUUAUGGUUUUCUGUUAACAAGCUAAAUAAGUUCCUCUUGACGUCCAUGGAUUUCACUGGCAACAGUGGAGCUAAUGUGCUGAUCUGGAAAGUUCCUAUCGGGGACACUGGCUAUUUAGACCGUACCGCUGCACCAACUGAGCCCCCUGUCACGGAUGACGGCUCCAAUGGCGCUGACAUCACUUCCAGUCCAGGUUUUAUUGUAUAUUCGUUUCUGACAUUGGUUCUGUCUGUAUUCUUUUCCAGACAAUUUUAGUUUCCGAUCGAAUCGUCCUUAUUUAUUUCGAUUUGUUCAUUCAUAAUGGACUUCUGAAUCAUUUCAUUUGUGAAACAUUGUGUGUCGUGAAAAAUAGCGUGAAACUGGUAGUACGAGGGAGAAUGUGUGUUUGGAUUUAAAAGUUUAAAUGUGAUUUCCGUUUGAAUAUUUUCAUAUUGAUUUUAAGAUAUCCUUCACAUUUUAAAUGUAUUGUUAACUUUGCUUUGAUAUGAUAUGUUUGUAUCUGUUGUAUUGAUUACCGACCAUAAAUUUGUUUCGUUAAUUAAGUUGUUAAUUAAAAUGUUCGUACAAUGUACCUCUUUCAUUUUUACAUUUGAAAAAGUAAAUAUUUCUUCAUUAUAAUGUACGCGUUUAGCGCCAAAUACAUAUAUAUUUUUAAUGAAUGCCUGUAUUUCAUCAUUUAAAUGAUAGCCCUCAACAAUAAUAGUCCUACUCAAUUUUUACGUAAUAUUUUGUAACAUCGAUUUGAUCUAUGAAUAUAUUAAAGUUGUAUUUACGUGAGCCAUAAUGAUCAAUAAAUGAUUAAAGUCGUAAAGGUAAUUUUA